CCAAGAAUGGAAGUUUUAAUUGUUGUAUCCCUAGCCUUCGUAGCAGCAUGGGCCUUCUACUCAAGGUGGCGGUCGGGAGGCGGCUCCCUCCCUCCGGGGCCGAGCCGUCUGCAAAUCAUCGGCAGCAUGCUCCAACUCGGCAAAACCCCCCACAAGUCCUUCGCCCACCUCGCCAAAACUUACGGCCCUAUCAUGUCCAUGAAGCUCGGGAAUGAAUUCGUGGUGGUGGUUUCGUCGCCCGAACUGGCCAAGGAGAUAUUGGUAAAGCAAGGCCUUGUUUUCUCCAAGUCGUUUGUUUCCCACGCAAUGCACGUGCUCGGCCACGACGAGCUCUCGAUGAACUGGUCGCCCGCCACCUCCAAUCGAUGGAAGAAACUGCGGAGGGUACAAAGCGAGCAACUCUUCUCCAGUCGAGCUCUUGAAGCCACUCAAGAUAUGCGACGAGAGAGGCUGCAGAAGCUGACUGACCAUGUGAGCGAGUGUAGCCGCCAAGGCCGCGCCAUGAAUGUCGGGCAAGCCACCUUCACCGCCAUGAGCAACCUCAUGUUGGCCACGCUUUUCUCCAUCGAAUACGACGCUUCAGAUCAUAAGAAAUUGAUGGAGCAUGUGAGAGCUCUCACCAACCACCUGGGGGUUCCCGAUGUAUCAGAUCUCUUCCCCAUCCUCGCUCCUUUGGAUCUGCAAGGAAUAAAACGAAAGCUCACACAUCACCUCGGGGCUCUACUGGACUUAGUCCAGAGCCUCAUCGACCAACGCUUGCAAGCGCGAAAGGCCUCCAAUUACCUAAAAAAGAAUGAUGUUCUCGAAACCCUACUAGACCUCUCCCUAGGAAAUCAAUGUGAUUUGAGCCUUGAAGAAAUUAAGCAUAUGUUUGUGGACCUAAUCAUUGCAGGAUCAGAUACAAACUCAUCCACGGCGGAAUGGGCAAUGGUGGAAUUACUACUCCACCCCGACAAACUGGCGAAGCUGAAAGCAGAGCUCAAGAGUGUUGUUGGAGGGAAGAAGAUAGUGGAAGAAUCAGACAUCGCGAGACUCCCAUACUUGAGAGCAACCAUCAAAGAAGGCCUCCGCUUUCACCCGACCACGCCUCUAUUAGCUCCUCACUUGGCGGAAGAGGAAACGCGAGUUAAUGAAUACAUAAUCCCCAAAAAUACAAAAGUAUUUGUCAAUUUUUGGGCAAUUUCGAGAGAUCCCAGCGUAUGGAAGAAUCCUGAGAGGUUUGAGCCUGAGCGAUUUUUAGAUAGCGAUAUAGACUUUAAGGGCCAUCAUUUUGAGCUGAUUCCGUUCAGUUCGGGGCGAAGGAUUUGCCCCGGGAUGCCGCUGGCUACCCGUAUGCUGCACUGUAUGGUGGCCACUCUGUGUCAUAACUUCGAUUGGGAACUUGAAAGAGGGGCUCAAUCCAAACAACUCCAAAGAGAAGAUGUGUUUGGGAUAGUACUGCAGAAGAAAAUCCCUCUCAGGGCUAUUCCCAUCAUGCUUUAAAUACAGCUGCUUGUUACUUUUUCAAAUAAAUUGGGCU